AUGGACACGAUUUCGAAGCUGUGGGAGCUCGAUGCCGCAGACCGGAUUCAUGAAUACGAAACCAGUCUAGCAAGCAGCCCCCUCAUUUUGCAAAACUUCAUAAAUAAUGAGUUCGCUCCUCACUCAGAGCCAGAAAACUGGAUUGAAUCCUUUAAUCCUCGCACCGGAACAAAAAUUGCUCGUGUCCCUCGCAGCAGCGCAGUUGAUGUUGAACGCGCAGUUGAUGCCGCCGCCCAGGCGUUCCCAUCUUGGUCCCGGACUUCGAGACAGGAGAGGUCUGAGUAUCUGCUACGCAUAGCAAACAUCUUAAAUGAGAAAAAAGAUCUAUUUGCUAUAUGGGAGAGUAUUGAUCAGGGGAAGACAUUGUCUCGAGCUCGAGUAGAAGUUGAGCGCGCCAUUUCGAAUUUCCGGUAUUUUGCGACAUAUAUUCUCCAUGAAGAGGGGGCAGUGCGCUUUGUCGAUGGACCUGUAUCUACUAUGACUUACGAGCACCGUUCACCGAUUGGAAUUUUUACUUUGAUUUCCCCUUGGAAUAUGCCACUCUAUCUAUUGACCUGGAAAAUGGCUCCCUGUAUCGCGUUCGGAUGCACAGCUGUGGCAAAGCCCAGCGAAAUUACAAGCAUGACCGCUUUCUUGCUCGGCGAAGUUUUCCGGCAAGCCAAACUUCCCGGUGGUGUCAUGAACAUUAUAUUUGGUGAUGGGCCUGGUGCAGGCUCGGCGCUCGUUAAAUCCCCCCGCGUGCGAGGCAUCUCGUUCACGGGCGGAACGGCUACGGGUAUUCGGAUCCGGCAAGACACCGUGACUGAUAUUGGCAAGCAUUUAUCGCUAGAACUUGGGGGGAAGAAUCCAACCCUGGUGUUUAACGACGUUGACCUCGAGCAAGCAGUUCCUCUAGCCGCCCAGGCAGCGUUUGAAAACAGCGGACAGAUCUGUCUCUGUGGUUCUCGGAUCUAUGUACACCACGACAUCUACGAGCAAUUUCAAUCUGCCUUCGUGAAGUAUGUCCAGAAACACUAUCGACUUGGAGAAACAAUUGGACCCGUUGUGUCACGAGAGCAUUAUAAAAAAGUCCGGUUUUAUCUGCAACAAGCGCAGAAAGAAGGUGCAAUAUUUCUGACAGGCGAAGUCCCUGAGGAGAAUCCAUCAAAGGGCUAUUGGAUCAGUCCGACCGUGCUUAGCAACUUACAAGCUGAUAGCUGCGUCAUACGGGAAGAAAUAUUUGGCCCCUCUGUGACCAUUUCUUCCUUUCACACGGAAGAAGAAGCGAUUGAACUGGCUAACGACAAUCCGAAUGGCUUAGCCAGCAUCCUCUUGACCAAGGAUAUAUCGCGGAUGCGACGUGUGGGAGAGCGGAUUGAUGCCGGCUUGGUGUGGGUAAACUGCUGGUUGGUGCGGGAACUUGGAACUGCAUUCGGGGGCAUGAAAUCAUCGGGCAUCGGUCGUGAAGGAGGCGCACAGAGUCGAGAUGUGUUCACCAAUCUGCGUACGCUACAUGUACGAUAG